CCUCACCACCAUACACGUCUUUUUUUUGACUCUCUGUAUUACACCGUGGCUUCUUUUUUACUUCAUGAUAGAGGCAGAAUUUUAUUUUACUUAUGCUGAUGUAUGCUGGUGGUAUGCUGGAAUUCCACUAAACGGAGUAACAUUUGGUAAAUAAGGGAGCUUUCAUUUAAAACAGCUGCAUGGCUCGACGUUGGUGUCGCUUGCGGACCAUCCUGAUCUGUAUCUGCACACCGUGCUUCUGCCUGGCACUGCUAAUCAUCUACAUUUCUGUCAUGAUAUCUUUAACCCUGAACCCCCACACAUCACAGGGUACAACCAUAGUUUACUAUGUUGGAGAAAUUAAUCAUUUUGUGGCCCCAGGAACUUUAAAUAAAGAUGGUUUUUCCACAAUCCCUAAAACCUUCUGGGAGGACAACCUGAAGGGGAGUGGCCUUUGGAAUCAGUUUCAAAAGACAAUCGACCGCCAUUUUAAUCCAAUCCUGAACCCCAACAAAGCCAUAGACAGAUCAGCAAGAAGUUACUUUGAUGAUUUCUUACUGAAUCAGGGUUUCUCUGAAGUUACUGUCAUGGAUAACAUGAGGAAUACGUUUGACAAUUUUCCUCAAGAGAUACAACAGUUUGUAACCUACAUGCAAAGAAGGGACUACCCCAUUCUCAUCCAGCCAGAUGGAGUAUGCGGAGCUAAGGCAAGGCUUGAGAAGAAGCGGCCUCUGCUUCUCUUUGCCAUCAAAACAGGAGAAUUUAACUUUAAGAACCGCCAAGCCAUUCGACAGACGUGGGGACGGGCGGGAUGGGUGGCGGGAGAGAAGAGAAAUGGCAGCAACAAGGAAGUACUUGGAGGGUAUGUUCGCAGGGUGUUCUUGAUAGGCAAAGAGGACACUGGAGAAAUGGGUGCACAUGUGUCUGAUUUACUCACGAUGGAGAGUAAAACCUAUGGAGACAUUCUGCAAUGGGACUUUAAAGAUACGUUUUUCAAUCUCACCCUGAAGGAUGUGCUCUUGUGGAGGUGGUUCUCGCGCCACUGCAAUCAGGUACAUUUCGUCUUAAAGGGAGACGAUGACGUCUUUGUUAACACCCCAAAGUUGAUCACCUAUCUUCAGGAACAGCUUAAGAAGCCACAAGCAAAAAGUACCAUGGAAGACUUCAUGGUUGGAGAUGUUAUAGGAGCCGGCAUGCCAAACCGAGUCAAGAAAUCCAAGUACUUUAUCCCAGAUACCUUCUACAGCGGGCUUUAUCCCAUGUAUGCAGGCGGGGGAGGAGUGGUUUACUCAGGCCUGUUGGCCAAACGGCUACACAAGAUAUCUAAGACAGUUCACUUGUUUCCCAUCGACGAUGUCUAUGUGGGGAUGUGCAUGUACCGGCUCAAUGCUCUCCCUGUCCACCACCCUGCUUUCCUCACGUUUGACUUCUCUGAAGAAGAAGGACAACAGCUGUGUAUAUACCACACCAUCCUGUUGGUGCACAAACGAACCCCCGAACAGCUAGUUAGCCUGUGGGCUGACUUGAAGAAGACGUGGACGCAGUGUCAGAAUGUCCAUCUGAGGGGUGUGGAUGAUAAAAAAGUCACCCAAGAAAAUCUGGCCAAAUCAUAGCAGUAAACCUAACCAAGAACUCUAAAGGCUUAUUUAUGGUCAACGAUAAAUACACAUAUGCACUCUCCAUCCUCUGUGUUCAUUUUGUGCCCAUUUCAGUACAUUUCAGAGCUUGCGGAUGUGUACCCAGACAACGUAGUACCCACGGAAGUCAUGGGGGCAGUGUUGCACAGUAUAGCUCAUAUGUGACCAGUGAAAAGAACAAAGAAGAAGUCACAAACUCUUUAACAGCUGUAAAUACCACCACCAUCUACUGUGCUGCCACAUUUUAUGUCUUUUUUUUUUGUUUGUUUGUUUUGCAUAAUCUCCUCCACUGUCACCAUGUUUGCUGUCGACAAAUCCAGCAGUUUUGUGUGUUGCAUUAUCUUGCGGUGUUGAAAUUACUGCAGGGAUGAGUCCUAAUUAUCAUGUGUCAACAUGGACGGCGGCAUGGAUAUCUGGACAGAUGACAUCAGACAGUGAUUCACGGUUAUUGAUGAGUGUAUGUUAUCUGGUAAUUUUAAACGUAUUCUGUUUCAGUGCAUUAAUGUAAACUAUUAUUCAUCUGAUGGAAACCGAUUUUAAUAACUGACAGUAUAAAACACAAAUCUGUUAUAUGCUUCAAGCGUUGUCAAACAUAGCAGUCCAUGUACUCCCACGCACACUUUAUGUCGACAAGGUAAACCUCCACUAGAGGGCAGUGCAGAGAUCACUUCCAAGUUCUAACAGUUUCAAUCAUUAGCGAACAUGGUGAAGUUUUCUGUUCCUAGCAAGGUAAGAUCAUAAAUGUGUAGUUUUGUAAACAUUCGCACAGUCUUCUUUUAAAAAGUUCUAUCAUUUCUGUUUUUCUCUUCGUCGACUUUGUUUUCUUCUUUGUUCAUUUCACUGGUCACACAUGAGCUAUACUGCUCAACACUGCCCCCAGGAUUUCUGGUGGUGCUCCUCUGUUUGCUACAUCUGGAAACACACCCAUAAGGGCUCAGAAAAUGGACCAAAUUACACUCAUUAACAGAAGUCAGACCUAUAGCUCCGUAUCCAUCUUUAGAGUAGAAUAGCGCAUACGUGGGUCUUAAGACUUUUGAAGGAUGCUUUUGACCUCUCUCAAAGUUAUGACAGUGCUGAACUUUAAUUUGCAUCUAUUAUCUGUGUUCAUCAAGCAAUGGCUUGGUAAAAACUCAAGGUCCACCAAAAUGCCAACAGCAUGAAGCUAGAUAAUCAUCUACUGACCUCAGGUUGUGUUUUACUAUCAUACAUGUGGAUUAAUAAUAUUACUGUUGGGAUAAUGAUGCAUUUAAUUUAAAUCUUAUUUAAUGCUGUACUAGCCAAUUUGAUACUGAUACUCGUAACAUGACUGUUCUUUUUUAAAAGUCACCUAACCCAUCAACACAAAUGGCCCAGCUCAGUUGUGCUUCUGCUGUUUAUUACAUAUUUGAAUCUUCUGUUAACCAAUGGGGAGACGUGUCAGUAUUUUGGAUUCAAUGUCAUAUCAGCAUGUUGGAGAUACUGGUUGAUAAAGGGUUAAAAAAUAUAAAAAGUCUACAUUACAUUAGUUUUAGACAUUUAUGGUUGUAAUUGUUACAUGAGGAUAAAUAUGGUUAAUGUGGGUUUCAUUUUAAAAGUUUUAUACCUGAAAAAAGCAUGAAGGCUUAUAUAAGAGCUGCCACGAUGACAUGAUGUGGUGGUAUUUAUUUAUAUUUAUUUUUCCAGCUGUACUAAGAUGAAUAAAGCUGCUUUUGUGAAUGCUGGGUUUGUUUCUU